AUGGAGAAACUAAAGUUAAUUAGCAGGGAAGUCAAAGGGUGGAAUAGGACCACAUUUGGAGAUAUCUUCAAAAGAAAGAAGGACCUGGGAGCUAGACUGGAACAUCUUCAGAAUAUUAUGGCUAUCAGUAACCCCCCAGACCCCAUUUUGAAGGAGGAGGAAGAUUGCUGCAAGAGUUGGAAAGAUACUCUCUCCAGGAAAGAAGUGUACUGGAAGCAAAGAUCCAAGAUCCAGUGGUUGAAAGAAGGGGACAAAAAUUAUGCUUUCUUCCACAGAUCGGCUUCUAUCCACAAGAAGAGAAACUAUAUCAAAAGUAUUAAGGAUGAAACUGGCCAGGAGAUCUCUAAGGACUCUCUGCUUGGACAGAGUGUGGUGGACUUUUUCACCAGACUGUAUGCGGAUGGUGGAAGGGAUUCUCCGCUCCAAGACUGCCUUGUUAGUAAGCUACCAAUGGCCAUCAAUGAGGAUGGCAACCGACAACUUUUGGCUCCCAUCUCAACCGAUGAUGUUCACAGGGUUGUCUUUGCUAUGGGAGCCUACAAGGCACCGGGCUCGGAUGGUUUCCCCCCAGCGUUCUUCUAG